AUGGACGACGAAUCACUGUUAAAAUACUUGCGUCAUUAUUUCCAUCACUCCGACUUUAAGAACGAAACGCAGAAGGACGCUAUCUUAACAAUAUUGAAAAGAAAUACUGAUGUCAUUGUGUCGUUUCCGAGUGGUUAUGGCAGGACAAUGUGUUAUCAACUGCCUUCUUUAAUUUAUUUGAAGAGAAUGACAAUAGUGAUCAUUCCUCUUGUUGCACGGAUUAUGGACCAAGUUAAUAGCUUGAAGAGUAUGGAAAUUCACACUGAAGUUAUUACUACAUUAACAACUACCAGUGAAAAAAUGCGUAUUUAUGGUGAUUUACAAUCUGAACUUAGAAAAUGCCACUUUCUUUAUGUGACUACCGAUCAAGCUCCAACUUCGGCUUUCAAACAAUUAUUGUCUCACUUAGUACAAACUAACAAUCUAUCAUAUAUUGUCGUUGAUGAAACACACUGUGAAAACCAAUGGAUUUAUGGUCAAAAGAAUAAUGAUUAUCAUUCACUGGGCAUGUUAAGAAAAAAAUACAAAGAAAUUCCAUGGAUUGUGGUUACAGCUACAGCUGGUGUUGAUGUAGUUGAUUUCUUGAGGAGUGUUUUAUAUAUUAAAGAUGAUCCUAAGACUUGUGUAAGGUUUUCGAUUCCAUGCUAUAGACCAAAUCUAUUUUAUGAUGUAGUUCAAGACAAUACCAAUGGAGUUUCAGUUCCUCAUUUAAAGAAAUUCAUUGACGAAUAUUUAACUGAAGAAAAUUUGAGUCUCGGAUCAGACUCAGAAAGAUCUUCUGGAUUAAUAUUUUGUAAGACGCGAGAGGUUACUGAACAUUUAGUCAAAGAUCUAAAACAAAACGGUAUUUCGAUUGCUGCCUAUCAUGCUGGGCUAGAGGAAGCUGAUCGUAGUUCUGUUAAAGACUUGUUUAUGAAAGGACAUUAUCAACUUCUUGCUGUGACUAGCAUUUCUGGAAUGGAAAUUAAAAAGGCGAAUAUAAGAUUAGUCGUACAUUGGGGCUUGCCGUCUAGUGUUUCGGCAUAUUAUUAUGAAUCAGGUCAAGCUGGAAAGGACGGUAACCCAGCUCGAUGUCGAAUUUACUUAACAAAGCGAGCGACAUCAUACUAUAAUCCAAAAAAUGAAUCUAUGUUGGCUGCUGCAAUAAAUUCAGUCGAUUCUAUCGAACAAAUACAAAAUUCAGCAAAAAGUUUCCUUGUAUUUCUUCAUUCUCGUUAUAUGAAAGAUUUCUGUGAAGGUUUAAAGUGUAGACACAGAUUUUUUUCGGAAUAUUUUGGUGAUGAAAGAAUGGAGUGUAUUGAUAAAUGUGACAUAUGUUCCAUAGUAUCUCAUGGCUUUUAUGGAGGGCGCAGUGCUAUUAGACUGGAAAUGCUACAAAUGGGUAUGAAUACUUACAUCAAAAAUAUUUGUUCAAAAUAUCACGAAUUGCAAAAAAAUAACAUGCUUACAACUACAGAUGCACUAAAUAUAAUGAAGGUUUGUGAUGAAUUUGUGAAAGCUAAUAAUUCCAACAACUCUGAAGCCACACUUACAACUUUCAAUGCUUAUGAAAAAAUGAUGAAAGUGAGCAAUGUGGAUGUUGAAUCACUGUCUUCAUCUUCACCGGUUAAAAAUAAUGACAAAAAAGAUGAAGACCAAUUGCAUUAA